AUAACACGCAUUACACAAGGAUUUUAUAUUUAGUAAACUCUCAUAUAAUGGAGACGAGGAAUUCAGUACAAAUUACAUUUUUUGUUAGAGCGACGUCAGCUGUUUUAGGAUCGAAAACUGAUAAGGACUUCGAUCAUCUUUUAUAUGCAGUUCACACCAAAUGGAUAGUCAAUUUCUUGGGUUGUGUAAAGAUCGUGUUUUAUAUAAGUACCAAUUUACUUAUAAAGAAUCUUAUUUCAUAUUUUCUUUCAAACGAUUUUCGUAAAAAGUUCAAGAAUAAUAAAAAAUGCGUUUCUGUUGUUUGACUUGCUUACUUUUUUUUAUAUGUCUAUGUUACGGUAAAGAUGAUGUCAUCAAGAAUAAAAUGGCGGACACAAUAAUACAAAAGUUAUAUAACAUAUCCCUUCACACUUUUGCUAACCGUACAGGUGACGAAAGAGAAAGAGCUUGGAAAAUAUUUGAAAACAAGUUAAAAUCCAUAUCGUCAAAAAGGUAUGGGCCCGAAAAUAAUAAAUAUAUUUCUUUGAUUAUGCGUGGUAUAAAAUCAAUGACAAAUAACACAAGUUUACCAAAUAUACAACCGCAAAACCUAGUAAAGUUAUCGAAGUCUAACGAUGGUAAAAAUAACGUCCAAAAACUUUACUCCAUGGAUAAAGAUAAAAGUAAUGAUAUUAUCAAUAGAAAUAAAGAUUUAGUCGUUCACAAUAUAGUUAGCAAGUUGGAUAACAUAGCGAAAAACAUUUUCAACCAGACUGUUGAUAAAAAGCAUAUAAUUGAAAUUAUAAAAAAUAAAAUUACGGAAAUGAUGAUGAAGAAAAAGCUACAUCUUCAGGAUAGUAAUGACGUAAAGGAAUUGGGACACCGCAUUGAAAAAUAUAUACAAACAGUGUUAGACAAUUUAAAAAAUAAUUCUAGUAAAAUUUCUGAUGAAGAAUGGGAUCCAUUUGUGGUGCGUCAUGCUAAUCAAUUCCAGUAUUCUACACCUCAAUCUUAUAAUGAAGAUUUCAAAGGAGUAACAAGUACGGUCAACUGCGAUGUUCUAACGCAACAGGUUUGCACAGCUUUAAAAGCCGCAAACGAAUUAAUUUGUCCCCUUGACGGUAAAAAAAUAUCUGUAGAUCGUCUUUGUGAUGGAGUGAAUGAUUGUGUAGAUCGAUACGAUGAAAGACAUUGUAUACAACAAGCUGUCGAGAAAGUAAAAGAUGCGAGACGGUUAAUAACAGACAUUGAAGAUACUGUCAUAAGACAUUGCGCUAGUACACAUAUGGAUAAUUCUUUAUUAAGCAAGCAAAGUGAUAUAUUGGGCUCGGUAUUGCAAUCAGAACUAAAUUUUUUGCGAAGACACUCAAAUAAUGACAGUGAUAACACAUUUCAAACUGAAGAAAUCGUUAAAAAAACUGUCAAUGAAGUUGCGUUGGUUUUGAGCUCCCUUUCUAUAGGUUUAGAAGGCUCUCUUUGUCCCCGUUAUUAUGGACAGGAUGAAGAUGAUAUUGUAAUUGAUCCGAAAAAUAGUUUAUCUAUAUUUACUGCUGAAAAAAAUGACAAAAAUGAUAUUCUCGAAGAGAUUAAACCAGAAACCACGACGAGGAAAUCAAUUAGUCCAAAUAAGUGUACGUGCGAUAAGGGUUUUUGUACAGACAUAAACUGUAGUCAAAUGUGUCGCCUUGUGUGUUGGCAAAAACAUAGUCUUGGCCAUUGGGGGUGCCAGGCGAUUGAUGGAGGCACCAGUGUGUCGCUAGCUGUUCUUUGUGACGGCAAAACCGAUUGCUAUGACCAAACGGACGAAGAAGACUGUUCUGUAGGUGACAUAUCAAGAUUUCAAGCUACUAAAAUUUACGACGAAAUCCUCACAGAUUUGUCAAUGAAAUCUCAAGCCAGUGACAUGAAACAUGUUCGCAACAACUUUCUGUCACUACGAGCCUCGGUUGCGUAUCUCCAAAAAGUAACUACUUCACCCAAACCGAAACCGGACCACGUGAGGACUGUGCGGGAUUUAUGCUUUUCUGCAUUAGUAGCUACUUAUAAUAAAGUUUUGAGCAAGGGCAAUUUCCAGUAUUUGGACGACAUACAUCAUUAUUUGCUAACGUUGAAUGAGAAAUUGAUAUCAGCGCUGAAACGUUCGCACACUGGCAAUGAGAAAAUAGUGACGUUGGAAGGUUGUUUCUGCAAUAAGAACAGGUGUGUGAUGGCCAGGUGCCCCAAGAAAUGCGAAAGGGCAUGUUCCGUGGAGCCCCAAUUCAUCAGAUUCAGCUGUGACGGUACUUCCACCAGCAGUGUCUUCGUGCCAUCUAAUGCCGUGUGCAAUGGAAAAGACAAUUGCCCGAAAGGAGAAGAUGAAGAAGACUGUAAAAAGGAAAUGUGUCGAUCCCAUCACUUGGUGGUUUUACGUCACAAUCUCAAUAAUGUCGGAGAAAGGGAAAAAGGGACAGCAUUGGGAGCAGUUCUGGAUGUUUGGAAAUCUAAGAUGGAAAUCACAAUAAAGUUAGCGGAAAGCAACGGUCGUCCGACAUUGCCGAUGAUCCGUGACGUGGUGGACACGCUGACCAGGGACCUGGUGGCCACCUACGCGUCCUUACAAAGCAACAAAACUGAAACCAACACCUUCAGAAUCUUCUUCGACCUGUCGCAAAGAAUCUUGAGAGUAUUAAAGUCUUGCCAGUGAAAUUUGGCUUUUAUUUAACAGACCAAUAAG